AUGGACAAAGGACAGGUCUUUCGCCUGGACUACUCCAGGACAAGCUACUUACCACACCAAAGUAAUCUACUCGCCUCCCAAGUGGUCCAGCUCUCCAAAGAUAACGCAGAUUUGAACGUCAAGUUGGAUACCGUCCGUAAAAGCCACGAGAUGUUGCUAGCAGACUCAAGCGUCCAACAAUGCGAAAUCAAGAGCCUAAAGGACCAAGUCAGUGAACUCAAGCGGAAACUAUCAAAAAUGAAAAAGAACCAGGAACGAAGAGAUUACACACUUCGAGCCUUACGAGGUAGGAUGGAUGCUAUUUCAGGAGAGCUUUCUGAAGAGAAGCUUCGCUGCUCAAAAUUACUUCAGACACUUUCUGAAUACCCAGUUCAAAAUAAUACCAUGCUAGCUUCGUUCAAGGAGGAAAUUACUUCAAGACUAGAGGCCAUCCUAGUAAGGAAAUUGCAAGGUGUGAAAAUUUUCCUGAAUAAUCUAUCCACUGCCGAGGCAAGAAGCUCCUCCAGUAUUGAUUUCGAGUGA